UGCCCGGCUCGUCCGCUCCUCGUGUGUGCCACGCCCCCUGAUUACCCAUGUGUGAUUCCCUAAUUGUCUCCUGCUGUGUCUGAUUAUUUUGAGUUAGUCAUGUCCUAUUUAUAUCCUGGUCUUGCCUGUUACCCUCGUUCGUCAUUGCUUGACUCUUGUGCGUUCGUUGGUCUCCCGUAGUUUCCAUGUUCCCAGUGUUCCUUUCCCCUAAUAAACCCCCGAUCUCCCCGAUCCUGCCGCGUCUGCCUGAUUUUUGGCCAACCGCCCGCACGAUCGCCUGUUCGUCCGAACCGGAGCGUGACAGAAUGACGAACCUAAAAAAGAAGAGGAAGCAGGGGAGAAAGAGGACCCCUGAGGAGUUCAUCAAUCUGGGUUCCUGCUCGCUCUCCCACCCGUGGACCCCUUUCGAGAGCGAGAAGGAGGAGCUACUCCAGAGCCCCGAGGACGAACCGCUCCGUUUCGGAGCUUGUUCUCUGGCCAGGUUCUGGGACUGCAGCGACGACGAGGAGGAGAGGCAAGUCCAAUUCCCGGACCUCAAGCCCUUGUCCCCGGAUCAGCCACCGCCCCUCGAGCGGUAUAAUUACCGGCCCGAGAGACUACAGCAUUGGGGAGGGAUUCGAGCGGUCAGAGACUCAGUCCCGCGUGUGCCCCGCUUCCCAAGGGAGGCAGGGAUCGUCUCUCCUUCAGCGGACUUACCAGUCCCGCCUGUAGAGGCAAAAGCCCCUGAGGAGCUCUCCUCGCCUCUGUUAGAAUGCAGAGAGCAGUUGGCACGCUCUCUGCAUUCCCGGCGACCGCCGCCUGCGCGGCUUGCGGCGCCCGCCCCCCUGCAACCUGCGCAGCCGGAGCAGUCCUCGCUACUGCCCGUGCAGACGGCGCAGCUUCCUCAGCCCGCGACACCUGCACAGGUGCCGCCGCUAGAUCCUGCGGCUACCGUGCUGGGGCUGUCGCCAGUACCCGCGGUUCAUGCGCUGGGACAGCCACCUCCGCUGCCUGCGCGACCGACGGGCCGUCCGACUCCAGCGGUUAAGCACCCGCCUGUGCUUAGGGCUCCCGCUGUCGAGUCGUCCUGUCUGCCUGCAGUUCCCGCGCCCACGUCUGGAGCGUUCCCGUCAUCUGCAGCUUCUGUGCCCUCGCCUGAGUCUUCCUGUCUGCCUGCAGUUCCCGCGCACACGUCUGGGGUGUUCCUGCCGCCUGCGCAGCCGCCUGCGCAGCCAGCGCAGCCGCCACUGCAGCAACCUGCAGUUCCUGCAGAGGCGCCCCCUCUGCAGCCGCCUGCUGCAGCUCCCGGGCAGGCGCCUCCACAGCAGCCGCCUGCUGCAGCUCCCGGGCAGGCGCCCCCUCUGCAGCCGCCUGCUGCAGCUCCCGGGCAGGCGCCCCCUCUGCAGCCGCCUGCUGCAGCUCCCGGGCAGGCGCCUCCACAGCAGCCGCCUGCUGCAGCUCCCGGGCAGGCGCCCCCUCUGCAGCCGCCUGCUGCAGCUCCCGGGCAGGCGCCCCCUCUGCAGCCGCCUGCUGCAGCUCCCGGGCAGGCGCCCCCUCUGCAGCCGCCUGCUGCAGCUCCCAGGCAGGCGCCCCCACUGCAGCCACCUGCUGCAGCUCCCGGGCAGGCGCCCCCACUGCAGCCAGCUCCUGUUCCUGACCGUGCUCCUGUUCCUGCAGAGGCGCCCCCUCUGCAGCCGCCUGCUGCAGCUCCCGGGCAGGCGCCCCCACUGCAGCCACCUGCUGCAGCUCCCGGGCAGGCGCCCCCACUGCAGCCAGCUCCUGUUCCUGACCGUGUUCCUGUUCCUGCAGAGGCGCCCCCUCUGCAGCCGCCUGCUGCAGCUCCCGGGCAGGCGCCCCCACUGCAGCCACCUGCUGCAGCUCCCGGGCAGGCGCCCCCACUGCAGCCAGCUCCUGUUCCUGACCGUGCCCUUGUUCCUGCAGAGGCGCCCCCUCUGCAGCCGCCUGCUGCAGCUCCCGGGCAGGCGCCCCCACUGCAGCCACCUGCUGCAGCUCCCGGGCAGGCACCCCCACUGCAGCCAGCUCCUGUUCUCCCGGGCAGGCGCCCCCACUGCAGCCGCCAGCUGCAGCUCCCGGGCAGGCGCCACCACUGCAGCCACCUGCAGCUCCUGUCCCUGACUGCGCUCCUGUCCCUGACUGCGCUCCUGUCCCUGACUGCGCUCCUGUCCCUGACUGCGCUCCUGUCCCUGACCGCCCUGCUGCAGCAGCUCCAGAGGCGCCCCCUCCGCCUGCAGCAGCUCCAGAGGCGCCCCCUCCGCCUGCAGCAGCUCCAGAGGCGCCCCCUCCGCCUGCAGCAGCUCCAGAGGCGCCCCCUCCGCCUGCAGCAGCUCCAGAGGCGCCCCCUCCGCCUGCAGCAGCUCCAGAGGCGCCCCCUCCGCCUGCAGCAGCUCCAGUCCCUGUCCUAGUCCCCGAGGUGGUCCCGGACAACUCCAUCUUGGUUCCUCCCUCUUCGGAGGUGGAGGAGCUAGAAUGGGACCCCUCGGGGACAGAACUCGUAACCCCUUGUCCCUCGCCCCGGCGACAUCGACCCCGAACUAGGGUCGGCCUGUCUGUGUCCCGCAGGGGAAGGGGACACAGACGCAGGGCUGGGGUCCCGCCCGCCCUGCCCCCUGGCUCGCCCUCCCUCGCCUGCGCUCUGGCUCGGCUGGC